AUGAGUACCGUAUUUUUAUUCGAAUAUGGGCAUGUGAAUGUCGCUGAUGAGAAUAGCAGCCCUGAGCUCAUGGAGUACAUUAUCGAUCGGAAUGAUUUUUUUGUUGAGACAAUUGCCAUUCACACUGAUUACUUGGAGAACGAUAAGGUUAGAUUUUUCGACCUUAGGAUUGAAAAGUGUAUGAGUGUAUCAGCUGCAGCAAAGCAGUUGGGAAUUCACAUUCGGACUGCUCAAAGAUGGGUCAGACAGUAUAAUGUGUGCCCUGAGUAUUUUUUGAGAGAUUUUUAUUCUAUUGAAAAAAGCAGCUCGGAAAAGGUGGUGGAACGCUACAAUUGA